CACGCAUCAAAUUAAAGGCUCUCUCUCGCCAUGGGUUCUAAGCAUGAGAGCCCGAAGAAUGCGACCACGAGAAGAAGGAGAAGCAGAUCAUCAAACUCUCACAGAAGAUUUUGCAGACCUAAAAAAAGCUCAAACACAGUCGUCAAUGACAGAACAGGUUCGAGUUCUUCAGUUGCUGAAAAGCUUAAGGCUCUGAGGAACCUCAUACCAGCUGCCGCUGAGAAUAAGGGGGAGAUAAAAGGCGACCAAUUGUUCCAAGAAACUGCCGACUACAUUCUUCUUCUACGAUCCCAAGUCCUGGUUUUGCAGAAAUUGGUUGAUUUUUAUGGGUCUUGUGAGGGCCAAAAAGCUGUAUCAUAG